AAGCUUAAAUACUUACUCAUUCACUGGACAGCACAAAUUAUGGCAGGAAUCAAAGAUGCUAAAACUCGCAUGACAAUACAGUAUGUUAGGUUUAUUCCAGAGCUCAUUUUAGUUGUUGCCCUUGGAAUGGGAUUGUACACGCAGUGGUCAUUCAAUGAAGAUGUCACCAUAUCUGUCAUCGCCAUUUUGGGAGCAUUUGUGUUUGCAAUCUCAUGUGCCCUGCAGUAUUACUUUGGACUGGAAGACCUUGGCAAAGCUCUGUUCCACAUUUGGGUUGGCUGUUUGAUUGGAAUCUUGGCCUUCACGAACAAUCCUCAGCUGCAAUAUGUCACUAUGGAGGAAGUGAUGGAAGUGAUGUUUCUCACCAGCAUGGUCUUGGGAUGGUUCUGGAAUGUAUUAGAAAGUUUACUCAAGCUAAAACCAGUUGAGGCCAAACUGUUAACAUUAUCAGAGGGUUUGGAGUCUUUGGGUCUGAUAAUUGCCAGUUUAGUAACCGGUGUGGAUAGCAUAGCUCUAUCACUGUACACCCUUGCAUACAUUUUCCAUAUAUCGGCCAUGAGGCUGAAAUCAUUCAUGGGAUUCUUCAGUUUCAUUGCAUUCAUUUUUGUGGGGAUCUUUUUGUUCUUUCCUGCCCUUGAAGUAAAGCCAAAUAUUUAUGCACUGACCUGUUUUGUUGGAAGACACGCAUUCCAGCCCAUCAUAGACUUUUAUUUCUGUGGGCUGUCCAUGAUUGACAGGUGGAGAUCUUAUUUUGAUAAAUCUCGAUUUAUGAGAUAUCUAUUCGUAUUACUGAUGUUUUCGCUGGAGCUGGUGCUAGCUGUUGUUGUUGGACAUGGGACCUCCAGGCACAAAGAGUGGUACAUUGUUUUCCCUUUAUAUAUUGUUCUUGCCAUUGUAUGGCUCAUGUUUCAUCUCAUGGUCUUUCUCACAUCCUGGAAACUGAAUGGGAAAAUAACAGAGUGCAAUGCUAGUGCUGAUGAGAGGAGAAGUUUUAACAGAAUUAUGGCAGCAAAAGGUGAAUACGUAUUUUUUUUGUGCGUGUUUGCAAAGUUUAAAAAAAAAGUAAUUAAUUUUGGAGAACCAUACAUAAGAUUCUUAAAUGUAUACAUUAUUUUUCAACGAUACUCUUUAGAACAAAAGAAGUAAAAUCUAGUAAAAUGUCAAUAAUGAUUUGAAAAGCCCCUUUGAUUUAAAACAUAUUAUUUGGAAUGGUUUGGGUUUUUGACAAAAUAUACGAUUUCUUUCAUGACUUUAUAUAUUUAUGAAGUAAAAAAACUGAAUUUUCACAAAAAUCACUAAUAAAAUGUUUUUAAAAUGUUUCAAUUUAUUAGCUAUACAAAAAAUGAAAAAAGCUUCAGGGGAAAAUUGAGACCAGGCACCACUAUUUGAGAAUAUCUGGUAUUAGAGAAAAGUGGUACGAGAAAUAACCAUUUAAAAAAAAAAUUUCCUUUUCAGGUCUUCGUUAUUUUGGACUUGUAUCCCAGAGAAUUAUCUUCCUUUCCUUGGUUACUACAUUGAUUGUUUUUGCUGUUGGAUUUGAGACAAGAACCCCGUACACUCUGGCGCUGGUCUUCCUUGUCUUACCACUUGAGUCUGCCAUUGUUAGUUUGUUUUGGGAACUGGGGGACAACCUUGGUGGUACAUGUAUAGGAUAUGCUGUCAUCAGUCCAGUAACAACACUAAGGUAAGGCUCACAGUAACUUGAUUUCAAUUUUUUUCCUUCUGAAUUGUUACAUUUUGCGGUUGACUUGCGCAACUUUUUGUCAUCUUUGGCUAGAUUCCAUAAGCUCUUUAAAUGAAAACGUCCUUUAACACAGAGGAUCGGUCUGAUAAAGCAGUAACUUAUGCACGCAAAUCAUUUUCAUUUAAGGCCAAGUUCAGGAGCGCAGCUGCUGUCCAGUGGGGAUGUGCAGGAUAUCGGAAUCAGGAGCACAGAUAAAGUAAACCAAAUGCAGCAACUCUUCAACUAUCACAUGAUACAAAGUUUCGGCUGUGAUUAUUCCAGCAGUGGCCUUGAGCUUGAGAGUUUGCAAAAUAAAGUGAGGAGGUUGAGUUAAGGUUGUAAACAUCAACAAGUUAUUAUUGCAGACUUAAGCAUCUUAGGAAUGCUAACAAAUGAAAUACAAAUACUUUAGUUGAUUGUUAAAAGAUUUGAUGAUUAUUAUCGUGCUGAAAACAUUAUUAUUUUUUUCUCUAGCUGAAAGCAUUUUUCGAUCGGCGUACCAAUGAUGGUCCUAGAUUUGAUACCUAUUUAUUGUAUUAUUCCGGAGAUGUUUUUGAUAAUGGAGACUGGGCACUGACGGGUAAGAAACUGUUUAAAAAGCUUCUUUAAAAGUGUAACUCAUGGGGUCUGAACUUUAGCCUACUCACUAAUAGCCAAAUUUGCUUCACUGAAUAGGUUGAAACCUCUAAACUGUUCUAUGGCAGAAAACAUGUCAAGUUUUAUUUAAUUGUUUCCAACAACUAAAUUUAGUGUAUGUUAAAUUUCAUAGAAAAUGUAUCACACUAUCACACUUUACAUAAUAAGCAAAGUGUUACUUUUUAUUUAUUAUUCUCAAUUUAAAAAUGAAAUGGUUCGAAUUAAAAGAAAAAAAAAGAGACUAACUUCAGUAUUAUGACUUCUAAAUGUCACCUUUGUCUCUAUAUGUUCUUCCCAUCAUGCAACUUGGCUAAAAGUUUGAUAUAAUUAAAUGUCCAGAUAAAAAAAGCCUGUCGCUGCCAAUGCUGCUGAGCUGGUGGAAUGAGAAAGACAAAAACUCUGGGUCACGUCUCAUUCUUGUCCUUGACACCACACAUUCCUUCAAAUGGGCCCAGGCCUGUCAAUCUGUCCAGACAUCCUAUUUGGCAAUUCAGACUUGCAGGUUGGUGAACAUUGUUGGUGGAAUUAGUUUUGGAAAGAAUAGUAACUUUAGUAUCAGUAAUUAGCCCUUUGAACCCUAGAUCCUGUUUUAUUGGUCUGUGCCUUUAAAAUUUGGGGUGCUGGGUGGCCGAGUGGUCUAAACUGAGCAAAUCUCAAGUUGGUGGUCUGGAGUUCAAUUCCAGCUAGAGCAAAAACACCACCAGCACCCUGGGUAGAUGGGACUCGAUAACCUUGGACGGCAACUCAUCUAAGAGAAGGAAACUCUGAAAUCAAACCCGGAGAUGGAGUCCCGAAAGGCGGAUAACAUUGAUACAAUGAAACAUUCCGACAACUCCUGCGACGUCACUGGUGCCAAGCUGUAUCAUCCAAUGAUGUUCCCUUGCGUGGAGAGAGGCGAUUUGCUGUUGGGAACCAGCUUAUAAUCCUUCAAGUAUAAUAAUCCCAGGCUAUGUGGAUUUCGUCCUACGAAGCCCACUCCAUCGUCACAUUGUGACGGACGGAUGCCAGCUUUUAAAAUCCACACUCUGCCAGACCGAUAUUUUGGUCUCCAUAGAUCGACUGUAUAUAAAAUUGUGUUGUAAAUACUGAGUUCAGUGUUUACCAUGUGACUUGCGAAAGGUCACAGCACCCAUGAAUGCAUUGUAUUUCGAUGUAUAAAGGUGACGAAAAUGCAAACAUUGUCAUUCUAAAGGACUCAAACCAGAGCAGGUUUAUGAUAAUGUAAAUGAUUCAGAGGAUUAUCAUUGUGUUUUGAAAAAAGAUUGAAGUAAAGCAACUAGACAAUGAUUGUGACCAUCAGUUGACUUAAACUUAAACUACUAGUGCUACUGAUGUGUACUUUAGGAAUUUAAGAAACAACACAAUGUCUACCCCUAUUCCUAAAGCUGGAUAAUAUGAAAAAUCAAGAUCGUAUAAAUGACCUUCUACUUUGCUAUUCUACACCGAUUCUAAGACUAUUUUAAAUAAUUUUAAAGUAAUUUUAUAAUACUUAUGGACUACUAACAGACAAAUUUAGAUUGAAAUAAAUACAAUUUCUUUAAUUUUAUAAGUCUUUCGACUUUGUUGGCUUGUGUGUCAGUUUUUGGAAAUUUUCCACAGGAGCCCAGGGACAUGGGUAUUUUAGGACCAGGAGCCCAGGGGCAUGUGGUAUUUUAGGACCAGGAGCCCAGGGGCAUGUGGUAUUUUAGGAUCAGGAGCCAAGGGGCAUGGGUAUUUUAGGAUCAGGAGCCCAGGGUCAUGGGUAUUUUAGGAUCAGGAGCCAAGGGGCAUGGGUAUUUUAGGAUCAGGAGCCAAGGGGCAUGGGUAUUUUAGGAUCAGGAGCCAUGGGGCAUGGGUAUUUUAGGAUCAGGAGCCAAGGGCUUGAAGGACACAUUUUCAAAAUAAUUUUAGUUGAAGCAUAUCAUUUUUCUCUCUAAUCUAUAUGCUUACAGCAUUGUGUUGACUUGAUAUCAAUAAGCUCAGGAAAUAAAGUUUUCUUGAUAUUUGCUUAUGUAAAGCUAUUUGAAUGUUUCUCAUUUCCAUUAUUCAGAUAUAUCAACCGGCCUGAGUCAGCUGAAGUUGGGGAAAAAAGCACAGUUGGCAGCUUUACAAAAGCUUAUGCUCUGUUUAAUGAAGGACAGGAAGUAGACGUCGACUGGACCACAAGAUCACGACCUCUACGGGCAAUAUACAAGGUCUCGGGAAGUUGGGCAGAUUUCACAUUCCACCUCCCAACUCGGGAGGACGUAGAGGGGUACUGGAGAGUCAACUUUCCAGCCGUCAUGAAGCCUCUGAUGAAGGUCCUCAAUCUACCGAGUUUGGGCUCACCGUUCUGUUGCUGCAGGUGCUGCCUGCGGUGGAUGAGGUGGCUGCAAAUGAAGUGGUUGCCGCCCGGGCAGCUGGACACUGGCCACGGGCUGCAGUUGCUGAACACAUGA